AUGCACUGGAACACAUCGCUGCAGCUGAGGUCCUGCGUGGAGCAACGGGGACCUAUGUGGUUCCGCUUCGAACAGUACCAGCAGUUCCAUGCCAUGAGGUUUGCCGUUGAUGAAAUUAACAAUAGACCCGAACUUCUCCCAAAUGUCAGCCUGGGCUUCUAUGUCUAUGACUCCUGUGCUCUACUACAGUGGGAGUUAGAGGGAACCUUGGGGAUGCUGACAGGACUUAAUCAUGCAAUACCCAAUUACCGUUGUCGUGAACGUCCACCUCUGGCUGCCGUCAUUGGACACUCAUCAUCCACGUAUUCCAUUCUCAUGGCUCACAUAUUGGGACUCUACAGAUACCCACAGGUCAGCUAUUUCUCAACCAGCUCUCUACUGAGUGACAAAACACAAUUUCCCUCCUUCUUCAGGACUGUGCCAAGUGAUGCUUUCCAGUCUUUGGGAUUGGCUCAAAUGGUCAAACAUUUUGGAUGGAAUUGGGUUGGGCUCAUUGGUUAUGACAAUGACUAUGGCCGAGAGGGCAUCAAGGUCAUGAAACAGGAGAUUUUAAGGUCUGGAGCCUGCUUGGCCUUCACACAAUAUAUAUCAAGUAUUCAGUCCUACAGCAAUAUUCAAAACAUUGCCAAAGUCAUCAAAAGAUCAACAACUAAAGUGGUGGUGGCUUUCUCUGCAGAUAUUCAUCUCACAGCAUUGUUGGAAGAGAUGUUGGUGCAAAAUGUAUCAGGAAAAAUCUUUGUAGCCAGUGACGCUUGGUCCAUAUCGAAAAUACUUUCAGUAGAUAGAUACUCUUCCAUACUUGCCGGGACCAUUGGAUUCACUUUCCCUAGCUCUAACAUAAAAGGGUUUCAAGAAUAUCUCAACAAUCUUUUGUACUACUUUAAGAAAGUACAAGUGUCUUUUGGAAAUCAGAGAGAACUGUUCUUCAAUAAAAACGGCGAUCCACCGGCAAUGUACGACAUUGUCAACUGGCAGAGACAUCCUGAUGGUUCAAUGACCCAAGUGAAAGUUGGACAUUACAACACUGUGUUUGAAUCUAAUCAGAGUUUCACAGUCAACUCAAGUUUAAUCUGGUGGGCCCAUGGAAGCCAUGAGGUUCCUAUUUCCAUCUGUAGUGACAGCUGCUCUGCCGGAUUCAGGAAGGCUCCUCGCAUGGGUGAACCUAUUUGUUGCUUUGAAUGUGUCCCUUGCCCUCAAGGAGAGAUUUCCAACCAAACUGACUCCAUAGAUUGUUCAAAGUGUCCAUGGGAUAUGUGGCCAAACAACCAAAAGAACCAAUGUCUUCCAAAACCCAUUGAGUACCUUUCGUAUGAUGAGCCACUGGGAUUCACUUUAACAGCCACCAGUGUUUCUUCCUCUAUGGUUCCAUUAUCUAUCCUUAGGCUUUUCUAUCACUACAAGAACACCCCAAUGAUCAGAGCAAAUAAUUACUCCCUCAGUUGUAUCUUGUUGGUAUCACUGACAUUCUGCUUCCUGAGCUCUUUGGCCUUCAUCGGUUACCCCCAUACAGAGAAGUGCCUUCUAAGACAAGCAACAUUUGGCAUGGUGUUUGCCCUUUGUAUCUCCUGUAUCUUAGCCAAAACCAUUAUGGUAUUCUUUGCAUUCAUGGCCACCAAACCAGAAAGUAGUCUAAAAAGAUGGAUAAGUCCUCAAGUGUCCUACAUGAUUAUUGUCUGUUGUUCGCUCCUUCAGUUACUCUUGUGUGUCAUGUGGAUCUCGACUUCUCCUCCAUUUCAACAAAUGAACACUGAAAGCAAACCUGCAACUAUUGUCAUUGAAUGUAAUGAGAACUCAUCUGUUGCCUUCUGGAGUGUAUUAGGGUAUCUAGGUCUCUUGGCGUCCAUCAGUUUUAUUGUUGCCUUUCUGGUCCGGAGGCUUCCAGAUAACUUCAAUGAGGCCAAGUUUAUCACAUUUAGCAUGCUGGCCUUUCUCAGUGUUUGGGUGUCUUAUGUUCCAGCAUCUCUCAGUUCACAAGGAAAGUAUACAGUAGCCAUGGAAAUAUUUGCAAUCCAGUCAUCAAGUUGGGCCCUUGUGAUCUGUAUGUUUCUACCAAAAUGCUUUAUCAUAUUGUUCCGACCACAAAUGAACACUAAAGAACAUCUUCUAGGUAAAAACAAAAGUCAAAAAUAG